AUGAUCUACUGGCCUAUUAAACAUGUAUAUAAACAAAUUGAUCGAUGGAAUAAAUUUGAUCAAAAUAUAAAAUUAAAAGCUGGAGUUAGUUAUUCAAUAAAUUUCUUAGAUUUAUAUAUAGAAAAUAGAAAUGGUGAAUUAUUCACAAAAGUUUAUCAUAAACCAUCAUAUGAGCCAUACUAUUUACCAUUCAAUAGUGUUCAGUCCAUGCAUAUGAAAAAGAAUAUUUCAUUUGAAAUGUUAAUUCGUGCUAUUAAAUAUUGUUCAACAUUCAAAGCAUAUUUAUAUGAACGUAAAAAAUUAAGAAUGACUUUAUUAUUAAAUAAAUAUCUCGGCAAAGUUAUAGAUAAACAAUUCAACCGUGUAUUUAAAAAAUAUUAUAUUAAUCAGCCAGUAUCUACAAAAAAUUAUAAUAUAUUACGAGACAAGAUGAUUUAUAUGCAUAUGCAAAAAAAAAAGAUUCCAAUUGAUUAUGGAAGAACAAUGUUCGUUCAUUUUACCUACUGUUUAAAUAUGAAAACAUUUCCGACAAAAUUUCAUGCACUCUGGAAUAAAUAUUUCAUUCAAUCUCCAAUUAAUGAAAUAAAACAGGUCUUAGGUACUCAUAAUAUUAAAAAUUUACAACGACAAUUAAUACAUAAUAAAUAA